AUGAUGGAUAAGAUGAAGUUUUAUGCCAUGUUAGGCCUCACGAAGAGGAGAACGUUCAAUCUGAACGAGAACAAGAUCGCUGUUCUUCGGAGUCUGAGGUGUGCCAAUCCAAACCCCGGCAGGGAAUAUUACAAAAGACAGCAUCGCCCUUUGAUCGGCGGACCUUUGUACUGUUUGCGCCAUAAACACUCGAAUGUCUUCGAGAUAGUAAUCCUCCCCGGAGUCAGAGUCCAAACUCGAGAGGGUCCACCGAUCCUUGGAAGUAUAUCUUACACCGCCGAUCUGCGGGAGGCGACAUGCGGAGGUGCAUUGGCUAAGAUUAGCUCGGGGUUCCAGCAGCCAACCAAGCUGGCACACUAA